AUGGCUUCCAAGCUCAGCACCGUCGGCAUCCCAAAGGGUGCAAGCGCCAAGGUCUCCAUCAUCAACAAUUCCUUUCUCUGGGAUUUCCCCGUGGACAAUUACAUUCAACCCAAGGUUCCUGGGUUUGACAAGUUUUAUAUGCCCACCUAUUCAUUCUUGAUUGAGAAUGCUCAGGGUCGCAAAGUUCUUUUCGACUUUGGUCUUCGAAAAGACUGGCAUAAUCUUCCACCCGAGGCUCAACAUGAGAUCAGUGGUGAUGGAAUCAAAAUUAAUGUGGAGAAGGAUGUUGUGGACAUAUUACUCGAAGGUGGCGUGAAGGGAGACGAGAUUGAAGCAGUGGUAUUUAGUCAUCAUCAUUGGGACCACAUUGGAGAUAUGGCCAGACUUCCAUCCAAAACAGACAUCAUUGUCGGUCCCGGGUUUUCCAGCGCGUUUCUGCCUGGGUACCCGGGUAACCCAGAGUCUCCCAUAUUGCAAACCGACUACGAAAACCACAAGCUGCGGGAAAUCAACUUCUCUGGCCCCGAUGUUGCUGCCACUGUGGCUAUAGGCGCGUUCCAGGGAUAUGACUAUUUUGGAGAUGGCUCUCUUUACUUGGUGGAUGCACCGGGUCACAGUAUCGGACAUAUAUGUGGCUUGGUACGGACAAGUUCAGGUGAAGGCAACGAUACCUUUAUCUUGAUGGGAGCCGACGCAUGCCAUCAUAACGGAGAGUUUCGGCCAUCACCAUGGCACCCUUUGCCGGAUUCGAUACUCCCGAACCCAUUGACUGGAAGUGCAGUACAUCCCUGCCCAGCGGCAAAGUGGGCAAGCCAUUUAGAAAACAAGGGAAGAUCAAAAGAAAUGGCAUUCUUUGACAUUCCCGACGCCACAGCUGGAGCAGCGUACACACAUGAUGUACAGGCCUCGAGGAAAACCAUUUCAAACGUGCAGGACACAGAUUCGGGCGACGAUAUUCUGGUCAUUCUUGCCCAUGACGACAGUGUCAGGAAUAUUGUUGACUUCUUUCCCAAGCCUUUGAAUGACUGGAAGUCCAAAGGAUGGGGUGUAGUAUCUCGGUGGGCUUUCUUGAAGGAUCUCGAAAGUGCAUGUCACGAGAGCGCAUAA